AUGCCCAUGGCACCGCCGCCACCAGGGUACCAGCCGCCGGCCGAUCCGACCGUCGCAAAAUUUGCGCAGAAGAAGAACGAGUGGCUGCGCACGCAACGCAAUCGCUUCGGCGAGAAGAGAAAGGGGGGAUUCGUCGAGACGCAGAAGGCGGACAUGCCCCCAGAGCAUCUGCGCAAAAUCGUGAGGGAUAUCGGUGAUGUCUCGCAGAAGAAAUUCGCCAACGAGAAGCGCAGCUAUCUCGGCGCGCUCAAGUUCAUGCCCCACGCGGUGCUCAAGCUUCUGGAGAACAUGCCCAUGCCCUGGGAGUCUGCAAGGGAAGUCAAGGUGUUGUAUCACGUCAACGGGUGCCUCACCUUGGUGAACGAGACCCCACGCGUCAUCGAACCCGUGUUCCAUGCGCAGUGGGCGACGAUGUGGAUGUGCAUGCGUCGGGAGAAGAGCGAUCGCCGACACUUUAAGCGCAUGCGCUUUCCUCCCUUCGACGAUGAAGAACCGCCGCUGUCCUGGUCGGAGAAUAUCGAGGAUGUCGAGCCCCUCGAACCCAUCCAGAUGGAGCUCGAUGAAUCUGAAGAUUCCCCCGUGUACGAAUGGUUCUACGACCACCGCCCUCUCCUUGACACAUCCCACGUCGGUGGCCCAAGCUACAAGAAGUGGAAUUUGACGCUUCCUCAGAUGGCGACCCUGUAUCGGCUGAGUCAUCAGCUGCUCAGCGAUGUCGUCGAUGAAAACUAUCACCACAUGUUCGACCUGCCCAGCUUCUUCACCGCAAAGGCCCUGAACGUUGCGAUUCCCGGCGGUCCCCGUUUUGAACCCCUCUAUAAGGACAUCGACCCCAACGAUGAGGAUUUCAGCGAGUUCAACGCCAUCGACCGCAUCAUCUUCCGCUCCCCCAUUCGGACCGAGUACCGAGUGGCAUUCCCGUUUUUGUACAAUACCCUUCCACGGAGCGUCAAGGUCUCCUGGUACUCUCACCCCCAGGUAGUCUAUGUUCGGACCGAGGAUCCCAACCUGCCUGCAUUCUACUUCGAUCCCGUCAUCAACCCUAUCUCUUCUCGUUCCGUCAAGCCCAAGAACAUCACGGUCAGCCACGAAGACGAAAUUUUCGGAUAUGGCAACGAGGAGGACGACUUCGAGCUUCCGGGAGAAGUUGAACCGUUCUUCGACGACGAGGAACUGUACACCACGGAGACGGCGUCUGCCAUCGCUCUGUGGUGGGCCCCUCACCCGUUUGACAAGCGCUCUGGCAAAAUGGUUCGUGCCCAGGACGUGCCGCUGGUGAAGCAGUGGUAUCUGGAACACUGCCCGCAGGGUCAACCUGUCAAGGUUCGGGUAUCUUACCAGAAGCUUCUCAAGACUUACGUGCUCAACGAGCUUCACAAGAAGAAGCCGAAGGCUCAGAGCAAGCAGAACCUGAUGAAGACUCUAAAGUCGACCAAGUUCUUCCAACAGACGACCAUCGACUGGGUUGAGGCCGGUCUACAGGUCUGCCGGCAGGGUUUCAACAUGCUGAACCUGCUGAUCCACCGCAAGAACCUGACCUACUUGCAUCUUGAUUACAACUUCAACCUGAAGCCCGUUAAGACCCUGACUACCAAGGAGCGAAAGAAGUCUCGCUUCGGAAACGCGUUCCAUUUGAUGCGAGAAAUUCUGCGCCUGACCAAAUUGAUUGUCGAUGCCCAGGUCCAAUACCGUCUGGGCAACAUCGACGCUUUCCAGUUGGCGGAUGGCAUCCUCUAUGCCUUUAACCAUGUUGGUCAGCUCACGGGUAUGUACCGGUACAAGUACAAGUUGAUGCACCAGAUCCGGUCGUGCAAAGAUUUGAAGCAUCUCAUCUACUACCGUUUCAACUCCGGUCCCGUCGGCAAGGGUCCUGGUUGUGGUUUCUGGGCCCCUGCCUGGCGAGUUUGGCUCUUCUUCAUGCGCGGCAUCAUCCCUCUGCUGGAGCGAUGGCUCGGAAACCUGCUUUCUCGUCAGUUCGAGGGUCGCCACAGCAAGGGUGUCGCCAAGACCGUGACCAAGCAGCGUGUGGAGUCUCACUUCGAUUUGGAACUUCGCGCAUCUGUGAUGGCGGAUCUUAUGGACAUGAUGCCCGAGGGCAUUAAGCAGAACAAGGUCAAUGUUGUUCUGCAACAUCUGUCUGAGGCAUGGAGAUGCUGGAAGAGUAACAUCCCUUGGAAGGUUCCGGGUCUGCCUGCUCCGAUUGAGAAUAUCAUUCUUCGAUAUGUCAAGAGCAAGGCUGACUGGUGGAUUUCGGUCGCUCACUAUAACCGAGAGAGAAUUCGCCGUGGUGCCACUGUCGACAAGACCGUCGCCAAGAAGAACUUGGGUCGUCUUACACGUCUUUGGCUGAAGUCUGAGCAAGAAAGGCAGCACAACUACUUGAAGGACGGUCCAUAUGUUUCAUCCGAGGAGGCAGUGGCCAUUUACACGACCAUGGUCCAUUGGCUGGAGUCUCGCAAAUUCUCCCCAAUUCCGUUCCCUAGUGUUUCGUACAAGCACGAUACGAAGAUCCUUAUUCUGGCCCUGGAACGGCUACGUGAAUCAUACUCCGUGAAGGGCCGACUGAACCAGAGCCAGCGUGAGGAACUCGCGCUCAUUGAACAGGCUUACGAUUCUCCUGGAACAACCUUGGCCAGAAUCAAGCGGUUCCUCCUGACCCAGAGAGCUUUCAAAGAGGUUGGCAUUGAUAUGAAUGACAACUACAAUAACAUCAACCCUGUCUACGACAUUGAACCCAUCGAAAAGAUUACCGAUGCGUAUCUUGAUCAAUACCUCUGGUACCAAGCGGAGCAGCGCCACCUCUUCCCCGCCUGGAUCAAGCCCUCGGAUUCCGAGGUGCCUCCCCUCUUGGCUUACAAGUGGACUCAAGGUAUUAACAACUUGUCCAACGUCUGGGAGACCGACGAGGGCGAGACCAACGUCAUGAUUGAGACCGAGCUGUCCAAGGUCUACGAGAAGAUCGAUCUGACUCUUUUGAACCGAAUGCUUCGUCUGAUCAUGGACCACAACUUGGCCGAUUACAUCACCUCCAAGAACAAUGUCCAGCUGAGCUACAAGGACAUGAACCACACAAACAGUUACGGACUCAUCCGUGGUCUUCAAUUUUCGGGAUUCGUGUUCCAGUACUACGGCAUGAUGAUUGACUUGUUGCUCCUCGGCCUCCAGCGAGCCAGUGAGAUGGCCGGGCCGCCCGCAAGCCCCAAUGACUUCCUGCAAUUCAGAGACCGUCCCACCGAGACCAGGCAUCCCAUCCGUCUCUACACCCGUUACGUCGACAAGAUCUGGGUCUUUUUCCGAUUCUCCGCAGAUGAGUCCCGAGAUUUGAUCCAGCGCUUCUUGACCGAGAAUCCAGACCCCAACUUCGAGAACGUCAUCGGUUACAAGAAUAAGAAGUGCUGGCCUCGUGAUUGUCGGAUGCGCCUGAUGCGCCACGAUGUUAACCUGGGACGUGCCGUGUUCUGGGAUAUGAAGAAUCGUCUCCCCAGAUCUAUCACCACGAUCGACUGGGAUGACACGUUCGCCAGUGUCUACAGCAAGGACAACCCUAACUUGCUGUUCUCUAUGGGUGGAUUUGAAGUUCGUAUCCUUCCCAAGAUCCGGAAUCAGAAUGAGGAAUUCUCGGUCAAGGACAGCGUGUGGUCUCUGGUCGACAACACGACCAAAGAACGGACGGCCCAUGCCUUCCUUCAGGUCACCGAAGAGGACAUCCAGAAGUUCAACAACCGUAUCCGGCAAAUCCUCAUGUCCUCUGGAUCGACGACCUUCACCAAGAUCGCUAACAAGUGGAACACGGCGCUGAUUGCUCUCUUCACCUAUUACCGUGAGGCUGCUGUUUCGACCGUCAACCUUCUCGACACCAUUGUUAAGUGCGAGACAAAGAUCCAAACCCGUGUCAAGAUUGGAUUGAACUCUAAGAUGCCUUCGCGUUUCCCUCCGGCUGUGUUUUAUACCCCGAAGGAACUGGGUGGUCUGGGUAUGAUCUCCGGGUCUCACAUCCUCAUCCCCACCAGCGACAAGCGUUGGUCUAAGCAAACGGACACGGGCAUCACCCACUUCCGAGCAGGUAUGUCUCACGACGAAGAGACUCUGAUCCCCAACAUUUUCCGAUACAUCAUUCCGUGGGAGGCCGAGUUCAUCGACUCGCAGCGCGUGUGGAUGGAAUACUCCCAGAAGCGAAUGGAAGCCCAACAGCAGAACCGGCGCUUGACGUUGGAGGAUCUAGAAGACAGCUGGGACCGUGGUCUGCCACGUAUCAACACGCUUUUCCAAAAGGACCGAAGCACUCUCAGCUUCGACAAGGGUUUCCGACUUCGCGCGGAGUUCAAGCAGUACCAGCUGAUGAAGAGCAAUCCAUUCUGGUGGACUAGCCAAAGGCACGAUGGCAAGCUUUGGAAUUUGAACGCUUAUCGGACGGAUGUCAUUCAGGCCCUAGGUGGUGUAGAGACCAUUCUGGAGCACACCCUAUUCAAGGCGACGGCAUUCCCAUCUUGGGAGGGCCUGUUCUGGGAGAGAGCAUCAGGCUUUGAGGAGUCGAUGAAGUUCAAGAAGCUUACCAACGCUCAGCGGUCUGGUUUGAACCAGAUUCCUAACCGUCGUUUCACGCUCUGGUGGUCCCCCACGAUCAACCGUGCCAACGUCUAUGUUGGUUUCCAAGUGCAGCUGGAUCUCACCGGUAUCUUCUUGCACGGCAAGAUCCCAACCCUGAAGAUCUCUCUGAUCCAGAUCUUCCGUGCCCACUUGUGGCAGAAGAUCCACGAAUCCGUGGUUAUGGACUUGUGUCAGGUGUUUGACCAAGAACUGGAACAGCUUGGCGUCGAGGCAGUUCAAAAGGAAACGAUUCACCCGCGUAAAUCUUACAAGAUGAACAGUUCUUGCGCGGAUAUCCUUCUCUUCGCGACCAACAAGUGGAACGUCACCCGGCCUUCUCUGUUGUAUGAUACGAAGGACGUCUACGAACCCAACACGACGAACAAGUUCUGGCUUGAUGUGCAGCUGAGAUACGGCGACUACGAUUCACACGAUAUUGAACGCUACGUCCGUGCCAAGUAUCUCGACUACACCACCGACAGCAUGAGUAUCUACCCUUCCGCCACCGGUCUGAUGAUCGGCAUCGACCUUGCCUACAACCUGUACUCGGCUUACGGCCAGUACUUCCCGGGCUUGAAGACUUUGAUCCAGCAGGCCAUGGCCAAGGUUAUGAAAGCGAACCCAGCUUUGUAUGUGCUGCGUGAGCGUAUCCGGAAGGGUCUGCAGCUGUACGCUUCGGAGAGCAACCAGGAGUUCCUCAACUCUCAAAACUACUCGGAGCUGUUCAGUCCCCAGAUUCAGCUGUUCAUCGAUGACACCAAUGUCUACCGUGUCACGAUCCACAAGACGUUCGAAGGGAACCUGACCACAAAGCCCAUCAACGGUGCAAUCUUCAUCUUCAAUCCCCGAACUGGACAGCUGUUCUUGAAGAUCAUUCACACCAGCGUGUGGGCCGGCCAGAAGCGUCUUGGUCAGUUGGCCAAAUGGAAGACAGCCGAAGAAGUGGCGGCUCUGAUUCGGUCUCUGCCUGUGGAAGAGCAGCCCAAGCAGCUUAUCGUCACCCGGAAGGGUCUACUUGAUCCUCUCGAGGUCCACCUUCUUGAUUUCCCCAACAUCUCCAUUCGUGCGUCCGAGCUCCAGCUUCCUUUCCAGGCUGCCAUGAAGGUUGAGAAGCUUGCGGACAUGAUUCUCCGUGCGACCGAGCCUCAGAUGGUUCUCUUCAACCUGUACGAUGAAUGGUUGAAGUCCAUCUCCCCAUACACCGCGUUCUCCCGACUGAUUCUCAUUCUUCGUGCGCUGCAUGUCAACAUCGACAAAGCUAAGAUCCUCCUGCGGCCCGAUAAGACCGUGAUCACUCAAGAGCAUCACAUCUGGCCAUCUCUCUCGGACGAGGACUGGAUCAAGGUGGAAGUGCAGCUGCGUGACCUGAUCUUGAAUGACUACGGAAAGAAGAACAAUGUCAACGUGCAGAGUUUGACCAGCAGUGAAGUCCGAGAUAUCAUCUUGGGUAUGGAGAUCAGCGCCCCGUCUCUGCAGCGACAGCAGGCUGCAGAGAUUGAGAAGCAGCAGGAGGAGGCGAAGCAACUCACUGCCGUCACGACAAAGACGCAGAACGUGCGUGGAGAGGACAUCAUUGUCACCACCACGUCCCAGUAUGAACAGCAGUCGUUUGCCUCGAAGACGGAGUGGCGGACCCGCGCCAUCGCAACCUCUAACCUGCGGACGCGGUCGAACAACAUCUACGUCUCCUCUGAUGAUAUCCGCGAGGACGGCUACACCUACAUCAUGCCCAAGAACAUUCUCAAGCGAUUCAUCACGAUCGCCGAUCUCCGUGUGCAGCUCCCCCCCGACAACGACCAGGUCAAGGAGGUUCGCACCAUCGUCAUGAUUCCCCAGGUCGGAAACACCCGGGACGUGCAACUGCCGCAUCAGCUGCCCCAGCACGACUAUCUGAACGGUCUGGAGCCGCUCGGUAUCAUCCACACGGUUUCGGGCAAUGAGCCGCCUUACAUGUCCGCGAUGGAUGUCACACAGCACGCGCGUCUCAUGAACGCGCACCCCUCGUGGGACAAGAAGACCGUGACCAUGACCGUUUCGUUCACGCCAGGGUCCGUCUCACUUGCCGCCUGGGGGCUCACCCCUGCGGGCUACAAGUGGGGCGCCGAGAACAAGGACAUGAGUUCGGAUCAGCCGCAAGGCUUCUCCACCAACAUGGGUGAGAAGUGUCAGCUGCUUCUUAGUGACAAGAUCCGCGGCUAUUUCCUGGUCCCCGAGGAUAAUGUCUGGAACUAUAGCUUUAUGGGUAGCUCAUUCGGCAGCGUGGAGAAGAGGCCCGUUUACGUCAAGAUCGAUACCCCGCUGCGCUUCUAUGAUGAUCAGCAUCGGCCCCUGCAUUUCCAGAAUUUCGCUGAGCUCGAGGAUAUCUGGGUGGACCGGUCUGACAACUUCGAGUGA